AUGUCCCGCCUGGCCACUGUUGGGCACUGUGCCAGCGGCGCAGCGACCAGAACUACCGGCCGGUGCAACGCGCACCUUUAUAUCCAGGUGAGUGUUGAUGUCACUUCCUCUUGUUCGACGUGGCGGCUGCGAUAGCCAGCUUGUUUGGCGCUGUGGACGCGUUUUCUCCUUCCAUGUGAGUGCUCAGCCGGCUUUUAUUUCACAUUUUCGUGCGGGACUCACUCUGGUAUGUAUUAUUUUAGUUUUCCUUUUGUUGAAAUAAGUUGGUUGACUUCUGUUAACUCACCUUACGCACGUGUUUUUACCGCCAACACUCUCUGAGCUGCGCGGCUGUUUUUUUGCGUUGUUGAGUUUUUUUGUUCCUGUUGCAGGGGUUUUAUUUUCGUUUCCUUUGGUAUUUUGGCUUCAUUUAUUGUCAAUUUUGUGUAUUCUUUCUGUUGGUUUUCUUGGUUGCGUUGUUUAGUUAUUAAAUUGUAUGUUUUGUUGUUGGUUGUCUUUAGUUAAGUAAACCUUCACAUCAAUUUGUUUUUGACUUUUUGUGUAAGUUUUAAUUGUUUCUUUUUUUGCCAGGUGCUGGGCUCCCCUGUGGCGGUCAGUCCCGCGGUGGUGGUGGUGUUUCACCCUCCUUUGUCCAAAUUGUGUAUUUUAGUCCUUGUUAAUUGGUGAGUGAUUCUGUUCUGAAUUAUUUUGUUAAAUAAAAUGUUUGAUUUGAGACGUCUUGCCCUGUGGUGUUUAAACCUGCUCGAUCUUGGGUAGUGAAUUAACUGGUGUCUGUCAGAGUGCAGUUAGACAUACACUAAGAAAAUAAGGCUAGCUGAAAAGACAACAGUACAAGCCCACUGUUUAGUCACUGUUCAUCGUACUUCGGUCGGUAUUAAGUCAAAUUAGGGUGACCAUAUUCUGGAUCCCCAAAAUGAGGACAUUACCAAGUGGGAGGCGGAGUCGCGUGCAAAAUUUUGAGGGUUUUUGAUGUGCUUCUAACUCGGUUAGUCCAAGUCUGGCAUGCAUUGUGCUUAUGUUAACACAGGACAUACGUACCUUCCGUGUCAUUGCUGAGAUGGAGCAACAGCGGCUGACAACCAGAUGCAAGGAAUCAUUAAAGGAAUUGUUAAGAUAAAAUGUAAAUGAUGUCAAUGGAUUGAACCAUUCGGAACCGGUUCUCAAUUCCCACUCCUAGUCAUACUCAUGGUUGUAUCUGUCAUAGUUGUAACCACAUGGUCCCAUUCUUUACUAAACGCACGAGUGAAACCAGCAGCCUGAGCCGAAGUUUACCCACAAACCUUAAGAUGAGAGACAAGCUAGCUCACAGGUACGAACAUGCUAACCUCUUUAACAGUUCUUAGCUUUUCUAAAAUGACGUUUACCUCCACAGUAAAGUCAUCAGCCAGCAGAGACUUACCUUUCCAGUGGAAAACAUGUAAAACAUCAUGUUUCUGACAUUAUUGGAGUUUCUGCUGCAGAACUUGUAUUUGUACCUUUCUAAUGUGAUCCAGUCUUCAGGUGUGACUGUGGUGUGACUUCAGGGUGUCUACAAACUUGAGCUUCAUCUUGGUCCAUGAAGGACAUCACUGUUUGAUAAAACCCUUGAUAUUUAGCCUUCCAAGAUGACAAUGUGAGCUGUGUUGGGAACUAUGAUAUGAAAUCUGGAUAAGGAUUUAAUAACUCGUGACUUUCCUGGACGUUUUGACUCUUGUCUCAUAUCCCAUGUGUUUCCCAUGACUGGAAAACUGUUUCCAGGUUUAACAAGACAUUUGGGAACCCUGUAUCAGGACUGAGUGUCUCUGAAAGGAAUUUUCUGUGGAAAUUUUUGUCUCAUCAGCGGAAAUUUGAGACAUAAACCCCAUAUGGAAAUGUGAUAAGAAUAUAUAUGGCAUUCCAAUAUGUGAAACAAAUAUUAGGUCGAAGCAUAAAUGUGCAUGUAUGGAUAAACUUUAUAUCAAAUUUGAACAAUUUCAUGUGUGAUGAAGAAAACAAGAUAAAAUAAACAUAACAUAUUAUUAAAACAUACAAUACUUUUUAUAAAUCAAAUAUGUAUCUUUGACAUAUUUAACUCAUUAAGGAAAUUCAACAUAAAUCUUUUUUAUUUUUUGCAUACUUGUAUUUAUAGUAUUGUGUUAUUUGGUUAAAAAAAAAAACAUUUGAUGCCCUAUAGUGGUUAUUUUUUAAUAUAUGUUAAUAUACAAAUUUUACAUGCGUGUUUCAUAUAUGUUCUUAACCUGCAUCCUCAUACAUCCUAGGAAUGUAUGUAGAGCAUUGCAACAUCACUCCUGAUAUGUGGACAUUUAUUUAAUAUCCGUAUGGGACAUUAAGAUCAGGGACCUCAGGACACCUCAGACCAUGGUCUUUGGUUUUUCAUAUGGCCCACCUCAUUGGUUAGAAAGCUGCAAAGCUGUCUGCUGUAAAGACCACUGCAGUCAUAUGAGUGUCCUCAGGCAUCAACUAAUUAAUUCUUUCCUGAUUACGUGUACCUGGAGAGCAUUUCCAGCAGCCUGGAGAUCUCCAGCCAGGAGCAUGGUGAUAAAUGUAUGUCAUUAAAUUUGAUGCAGGGGCGCCCUCCAGUGGAUAUAAGGUGGAAGUCCUACUCUGGAUAAGAACCACAAGUGACACUGAUAAGACAUAAUCAAAUUAAUUAAAAUAAAAGUGCCAAAGCUUGUACAAGCAAAGUCUUAAUGAGUAAGAAGAGCUUCCUGCCAAGUUUAAUGAAACAAGUCAUAAUGCUUAUAUCAAGGUGCUUUUAAAGAACAUUUAUAUUAGGACUUGUCCUGUGAGCGUAGUCUAAUGAGAUGUUUUCACAACAACUGAAACAGAUUCACUUGGCAAGAUUUGAUAUUUUCGCAGCUUAGACAUCCAAUCUGUUUGAUGUGGUGUGGUAGACAGAAGACAUAUUCUUUAAAGUAAAUGUUUAAUUAAUAAAUGAUGUAGGCAAAAUGUGGAGAAUUACUGUACUUUUCACACACUUCCAAGCUCCUGCGAGGAGUUUUUAUGUAGUUCUAAAAACAGACUAAAAUCAGGAGUGAUGCCUCUUCAUGAGCUACAAAAUCAAACCAGAUCAUACUUAAAUCAAGAUUUCUAUAUUAUAUUUUUUGAUGACUGAAACUUUUGGGAGAGGAAGGUGUCAAAACAGGCGGUUGACAGACUUUUUUACAUUGCAUUUUUACGCUAUAAGUGAAAUGUUUGACAAUUCAAGACAAAAUCGUGAAUAUAUGUUUAUCCACAUGGGGACGCCCAUUACUGUGUUUGACUUAACAGAACCGGUAUAUGGAAACUUAAUGGGGGGGGGGAAACACCAGCCCUGUUGCACUGGGGUGAGCAAUAGCAACAAAAAAAAGUUAUGAGGGCAGAUUACCUUGUAAUUCCUGAAAUAAUUCAUCAGUUUGUGGACUAAAUAGGUCUAGAAAGUCCACUCAGGACAUUUAGAAAAGAAAUAUAUAAAAUACAGCGACACUGCGACGAUCUUCUCUUGACCUUAUUUUGACGUAACACUGAUUAAAAUGUCAAAAGUCAGUAUUCCAGAAAGCUAGAACACAACAAAUGAAGGUAUUAAUAUGAUAAUAUCAUACUAAAGGAUAAAACACAACAUAAAAUAUGCUGGAAUUAGGUGAGCGUCCUCACAGCGACUCUCGCACUGAAAGCGUACAAUGCUACUGCGCAAGUGGUGGAAUGCGUACAACGCUACUGCGCAAUGUUGGUUUCAGGAAAUGGAGAGAAAAUGCAGACUACCGAGAGCUUUUCGGCUUCAAAUCCAUAUACUGGCGGAAGGCGGAACCAAAUUGUCCAUAGUAUAUACAGUCUGUAGGUCUAUGGGAUAAUUACACGACUUUGAGAAUAACAUACAACUCAAUAAAAUGCACCAAAAUCUGAUUUUUACUUCUGUAAAUAAGUAAAUUUAUCAGGAAAACUCACAUAAAUGACGAAUGAAAAAAAACUAGCCUCUUUUUACCCCUUCAUGGGACAUUGUAUCCUAAAAAUAACCUAAAUUCAUGUUAUUUGCGUUUGUAAAGUGAUUUAUUUUGAAAGUAAUGAAAGGAAGUGCUGUCUUUAUUCUAUUUGACUUAACAGAACCGGUAUAUGGAAAAUUAAUGGGGGGGGGGAACACCAGCCCUGUUGCACUGGGGUUAGCAAUAGCAACAAAAUAAAGCUAUGAGGGCGGACUAGCUGAAAUAAUUCAUUAGUUAGUGGGCUAAAAUAAGUCUAGAAAGUCCACUCAGGACAUUUAGAGAAGAAAUAAAUUAAAAUACAGUCGGAACAUCAAUUAACAGCAGUCCACGACAGGCAGAGUUAAACGCUCCAGGGUUAGCUUUCUUAUUAUGUUCCUAUUAGCCUACAUCUCUGUACCAGGGCAGUAGUCUGCUCCCUGGUGACUGGUUGAGACUGAGUGGGCGAGACAGAGAGAGAGAGAGAGAGAGAGAGAGAGUGUGAGAGAGAGAGAGAGAGAGAGAGAGAGAGAGAGAGAGAGAGAGAGUUCCUGUUGCCAUAAACCGCGCCGUUACAUGCACUGAAGCUUCCUUCCAUCAUCUCCACCGGAGGAGAACCGAGCAUCACUUCACUUCGUCAGCCCCGGAGCAUCGACACCUGCACCCGGUCUGUUUCCUCCACCAACGUCUGAGCCCGCCAAACCGACACUGCGCCAGACAACACUUCUUCGCCUUUUUCUUCUUCGUCUUCUUCUACGUCUUCUUGGCGUCGACUCUCUGACAGUCAAGGGGCACGAGGAGAAAAGACUGUGAAGUCCACUUCUUCUUCUUCUUCUUCUGCUGCAGAACUCCCCCCAUCCGCGCGCGUUUUCAAGAUGAGCGAGGUGAGUGAGCGCGCGCGCGUUCGAAGCAGUUUCUUUAAACAUUCGGCGCAUUUUAACCGGCGCAGUGUAACUCAUUUAACGCUCCUUCUCGCUAUAGAGAGACACAUUUCAAUGCACCUGUGUGGGAUUAACCGUGUCAUAUCUCGCGGGGAAUCGGACCCAGCGGUUCCUAAAAACCGCAGCCAAGGUGCAGUUAAAAUUCUGAACAAAAUGUUAUAGCGCAGUGCUCUUUUUGGCUAUGCUCCCAAGUCUCACAGAAACCCCGCAAUGAGAGCAGCAGCAGCAGCAGUGACACCAGCUCACAUCGCCAGAAGGCGGUGUGAACAUCUGGUGGAGUGGUGGAGCAGGAGGAUUUCCCCAAAGUGAGGUUCGGGGACCUUACGGGGGGCCUUGUAGGCGGCGCAAAGGGUCCUCGAUACUCAACUAUGUCGUGUUUUCUCCCUCCUAACCCACCUUGAUGGCACAAAGAUGAUUCAUCUUGUGGUCCUCUUGCGUAAGGCAGAAACAUGAAGCUCUGAGUUCACGCCGUGAUGUCAGUUUUCCCUGCAGUAGGAAGAAAGGUUACUCCACAUUAAUCAUGCAGUAUAUAAAGUACUGUAGUGCGUAGGGAAGAACCGCACGGAUCCUCUUGAAACGGGCUGCAUGUGCAUAUUUUUUUCGCACUUGCAUAAUAAAGUAGCUUUUUCAAAAGGCUUGCCGCUGCGGGCGUCAGCACUAAUGGGGAAGACGAGCACUAUGGUCAUGUACGAGUAAGAGUACCGGUAUUUAUGGACACCUAAGUGGACACUGGUGUUAUUAAUUUACAUGUACAGAUAGUUGGACUUUUUGAGAUGAUAUUCCGCUAACCUACAAAUCUGAAUCUAAUCUGCCUCGCAGGUCUAAUGUAGAUCAGUGUCUGCCUAAGCUCUCUGUCUGAGCUUUAUCACUCCUGGGUCGUAAUCCUGUGGGUUUAACCUGCCUGUUGACCCUCAAUCAGCUUUACAAUAAACUCCGGGAUAAUGCAGACCUACUUGUGUGGUAAUCAUGUAUGUGAGUUGUCUUUACAUUAGAGGAGCAGUAGAUAAAAGAAUACAGUAAUCAUGUUACGUAAGUGUUUCAGUAGAGCGCUGUAUCCCGCCAGGAGGAGCAGCGAUUGCAGCCCAAUCGAUCAAUCUCACAUCGAUAAGAAUACCGUCACGGAGGUCCCCGAGGAGUGAUUAUUUUCACUUCUCUUUCACAGAAGUAGAGCAUUGCUCCGCUGGGACCGUUCGCUCGGUGUGUGCGCUGAGCUCCUCCAGUCUAGGCUGUUCGCUCCUCGGCCCUGGGCAGAUGGGAAGUGUCAGAGUCUUGUGAUACGUAGCAGAUGAUGCCACUGCUGCACAUGGGAGAGUGGAAGUGUAAACACAGAGUGAAUGAUGGGAGAACAAAUGCUCUGCAGUUCUGUGAAAACAAGAAAUCACUGCUUUUGGUGGCGGACUCCAGCCUUAGCUGAAAUCCGAAGCAGCAGCAAAUUGGUCUCAGUUUGCGUUUAAGUCUCUGAUACGAAUUGAAACUUGAAACUAUAAAAUCAAGUUAAAGGAGAAAGUUGUGAUCGUAUAUUGGCAUCAAUUUCAGUUAAAGUGAAUAAUUUCAUAGAUUUAAAAUAAAACAAUGAGUUGAUCAAAACAUACAGGCCAGUUAAGGUGGUUUUUGGGAGUUAAGAUGAAAUAAUACAAUCAUGAAAGACUUAAAGUUCACUUUAGAGGCAUUUUUUAUUAAACUUGGACAUUUUAGGACCAAAAAGUGAGGUAGUUGGUCAAAUUUGAAUGGCUAGAUCAUAAUCUUAAACCUAAAACAUGACCCAAAAGUAGGCCUUCAGUUGGUUGGUUUGUGAAAAACGCCAGGCUCAGACAUAGUCACCAUUAACACAAUAUAAAUCAGACAUAAUGUUAAUUUGUUGUCUGUUUACAGCAAAAUCAAGCAACACGAUGCAAAUCUUUAGCUUUGAAAAAAAAAAAAAAAACAUUUAAGAUUAAUUUUUUUGCUUCUUGACAGCAAAAGGUUGUAACAAAGGUAGUUUUUCAGCUUAAAGGUCCAGUUUUUGGCGCCCCCUGUGGAAAAUUUUUGCGAAUACUUAACAUGAAAAUGUAAAAACUAGGCUGUAUCGUCAGCGACACCAUCCAAUUUUUUUGCUUUAAGAGAACAAAAACAAGUUAAAGAUAAAUUUUUCGAUUAUUAACGGCAAAAUGUAAGACAAAGCUAGUUUCUCUGCGUAAAGGUCCAGUUUUUGGCGCCCCCUGUGGACAAUUUUUGCUAAUAUUUAACCUGAAGAUGUAAAAACAAGGCUGUAUCAUCAGCUGCUCUGUUGACACCUACACCCUCACACCUGUUUUAGGCACUAAAAAUAACAGCAUUAAAAUAGUCCAUUUUGUCACUUUUGUACAACUUAAAAAGGCUUCAGUGUGUUUUAUAAAAAUCUAAAAACUCCUGACAGGAGCUUUACUACAGUUCGUUACUUAUUUUACAGCCAAAAAGUUGAUUCAGUUUCAGUUUGAGGUUAAUUUAACUCCAAUAACAUCAGACUUAGUGUGAGUUUUUGAAAAACUAGGCUAUUUUAUGGCCACAAAUUUGAUUGAAAAUGACAAAAAAAUUUGUACCAGUUGUAUUCUGUUGCUGGUUUGUGUGAAAUUAAGCUUAAUUGUAGUUUGUUGCAGGCAAAGGGUCAAAGAAAUCAAGUUUAAUGUUGAUUUUAAUGUGUAUACAUCUAAAUAUGUCGAUGUAACAUCACUUUGUUGCUUAUGGUGGAAAAAACAGAUCAGACUUUACAUUCUCUAAACCUCCAGCCUAUAUAUAUAUAUAUAUGUAUCCAUCUUUAAACGCUGGUCCUUUUAAAGACUAACCUCUAUAAUGUAUGUGAAGCAAGAGCCGUGAAGUCCUUUUCGUCUAUGUUUGGCCCUUCAUGUUAAAUAUUUAAUACCAUCUGAAUGCAGCUCUCUGCAGUAUAGCUGCUGAAAUGGGAGACUCGAGUGCACUGUGGUCAUUUUAACCAGCCUGUAAUCCCUUGCGACCAUCCGUGCCAUCCUACUCCUAGCGCACGCCAUUUGGAAGGAUACAAGCUGAACCCCUGACCUCGUGCAUUAGACCGCCGUUCAUCCCAAUGGAUAGGGCAUUAAGUGGAGUGUAAAAAGCAUUUCUUACUGUCGUUUCGAGUCUAAACCCAAUUUAAUCCAACAUUAGAUCAUACGAACGCACAAAUCUAUAAAAAUGAACACAGAGUACACAACAGAGACACAAAUGUUCGCUGUGGAGAGUGAUCAGGAAGUGAUUCAGACAAUGCACAACCAUUUUUCAAGUUCCGUUUUAUAUAUAUUUUAUUAUUUUCUACGGUUAUGCUGAAUACAACACAAUUAGGGACAUGACUGACAGUUUGAAUGUCGUCAUUGUUAACGUUUGAAACCUGGCGACCAAGAGGGCAGCCAACCCUGUUUGUAUAAUUGCCACUUAAAUAUUCAUUGCACAUGAUACCUUUGACUGUCAGAGGUCAGACGGAUGAGUUUGACUUCUGUUUAAAGGCACCACUGAAACAUUUAACGACCCUCUCCGAUGAAAAUCAUGUUUUUCUUGUUUUUUAUACGUUCAUAUGGCAUUUUUCUGAUGGUACAGGACGUAUCAUGAGAAAACUAAAUGCGAAAUUGCUUUUCUGAGUAUUUUUUCAUUAAAAUGGCUGUGAAUCUCUGGCAGACCCAAACGGCAAGUUCAGAAACAGUGAGAGUUCAUACGUAACCAAUCCAAGCUCCGCCCCCCGAGCCCCGCUAUGCAGGCCAGACUAUGAGAAAUAGAGAGGACGAUUGCCGAACAAGCGUGUGUGCUAGCAGACUGCAAUUCUCGUAAAAGAGCUAAUUAUGAUAUCAGCUUUUAUCGUGUCCCUAAAGACAUUAGUGUCCACGAGCUUCUAUGUUACUUGCCACUUCUACAACACCGGCAAUGUUAGGCUGCAAGCUAACGUGAAGACGAGUGUGCAGAGCGGCGCUGUCACUGCCCACGACUCAGAGGCGAAUUGCUAAUGAGCUACUGGAGCUCUGCUGAAGAAAAGCCCAUGAAAAUGACACGGGUAACACGAUUUUGGCCAAAAACUUCAUAAUCACAAUUUAAAGACAGACUGAGAGCACUUUAAAGGUGGGGUAGGCAGGAGUCCGUUAAAGAAGCAUCUGUUUUUGUGGUGCAUAUACAAAAAAGCUUUUAAUAUCAGUCAAUAGCUGUUAGUUAUUGAUGACAUUUGGUAAUAUAACGAUAUCGCUGUGUUCUCUUACGCCUGUGUGGUCAACGUUUUCAAUUUUUUGAGCAGCCCGCUCUUUCUGACUGUAAACAAAGCCGUUCCCCGCCUCCCCCAUCCUGAUUGGUUGUGAGGCAGACGCUGCUCCCCCGUGUCGUUCACAAACUCAAACAAAGUUAGCGUGCAACAAUAUCACACAGUAGAAACCAACCAGAAAGUUCGGAAAAUUGUCUGAAUCCUCCUUUGGCCACGACUGCCAACACGAGCAAGAAAACAAAGUAAAUACCGGAGACUCUGGCGGAAUAACGGGCGCUUAAAAAUGGCGGUAGACCGGGACAAGAGCUAAAAAGCCGAUUUAAGCUAGCAUAAAUGAUGGGGGACGCUUCGGGAUCUUUUGGACCCUGUAGUGUCUGUAACAGAAGUGUUUCUUGUCAAACGGACCUGCUGUAGCGUGUUGUAGCGCCGCUAAACUGUCCUCCCUCGGGUCCUGGACUAUGUCACUUUAUCCUCGUUGUAGAAGUCCUGCAAACAUUGUGUUUGCUGGUCGUCUGUUGGCAUCUACAGAAGACUGGGCCCCAUCUGUAAUUAUCUAAAGCAUUUAUCUGCAUUAUAUCUGAAUUUAAUUGGAACGAUACGAGCGAGCAGGAGCGUCUGUUUGUGGGCGGGGCUUGAGGGGAGAGGAGGAGCUGAGGGGAAAACCGGUUGGGAGGGGUAGAGUUUACAUUGCCUACCCUACCGUUAAGUAGUAAAAAAAAAACUUUCAGAGUGGGACUUUAAAGGAUAAGAUGAGAAAAGAGUGUUUUGUCCACAGGGGGCGCCAAAGUUGACACAAACUAAAAGUUCCUGACAGGAGCUUUACUGAUCUCAAUUUGCCAGAACCUUCAAUUAUCGACCGUUUUUCCUUCCACCUGGAUGAGUCACUUUAUAUUUACUCCUGUACUGAGGUUUUGGUCUUACUCUUGAGAUCAGGACCACAACAUACCGUCAUAUAGAUUCUUCGUCUCGCCUCUCGAGUCAAUAGUCUGUAUCUCCGAAUCAGAAACAAUCAAACUGACUGCCUCUGCGGCUCUUCUGUUCAGUGUUUGACAGUCAAUAGAAACAUAUAAUUGCGGAUAUAUCACCACACCACCACCCACAGUAGAUGAUCUUGAUAAGCACUUCCUCUUCUUUUAAUUUGCAGUGAAAGAUGAGCGCGCGUGUGUCACAACUGCAUGGCGAACGCAGCGCCUCUGCCAGCUACAAACACUCACUCUGGAGUCACGGCGAUGAGCGAUCGCACUGCACCUUCCCCCCCCCCUGCUUUGACAGACUGUCUCCUCCAGCUGAAAUCUUGUCACCCACUGCCUCAUUUCCUCCUCUUUCUUUUCACGAGCUUCUAUUCACCCCCCCUACACACACACACAUCACUACAUCGCUCACUCUCCCUCUCUCUCUCUGUUUGCUUUUUUUUCCUCUCUCUCUUUCUCUCUAAAGGCUUCGACUGUAUUCUCCUUAGCAACAGCAAGAGAGGGAGAGGGUAUUAACACUUGCAUGCGCACAUCCGGGAGCUAACAUCUGCACAGCAUGAGGCGUAGAAGAAGUCAAAAAAAAAAAAAAAAAUUAAAAAAAGAGGGGGAGGGUAAAAGAGGAGGACUUUUAAUUUGUAGGAAUAUGAAUGGAAUAUGCGGGGAAUUAAACCGGGCCGUUAUGUAAUUCAUGUUUGGCAGUGGUUCCACUUUUGACAGCUGUUUGGUGGAUUUUUCUCUUAUCCCUGCACACGCUCAAAAACAGGAAGCAAAACAACAUUUUUUUAAUACUUUCAAAAUAAGGCCGGUAAUCCAAAAGUGCCUUCAUUUACAACAGAGCGUGAACGCACACACACACACACGCAGAGAAAGGAAGUAAGAGAAAGGUAGUUUUCUCAUUAUGCUGGUAAUUAUCACUUAGCAGGCUUACCCCUCACAAAAAGCCACCCGCUUCCCUCACAAGCUGGCAGGGGAUAAUUACCCAGGUCUGAUGUGGCUCCGAGGCCAAUCCGGAGCCAGCGAAGUAAAACCGAGAAAGCGCCAAUCCUUGUUUCUCUUCGUCAAUCUGACUCCCUCCAUCUGUCAGUCCUUCCCACUUUCUUCCUCCUCCCCCCACCCUCCUCCUCCUCCUUCCAACCCCCAGCAUCCAGCAUGUCUGGAAAUCACUGGCUUUCCCCGUACUCCUUCAUGGAGGUAUAAUCCUUUUAUUUCUGUCUAUAAAUACAUUUCUGCUGAGCUUUUAGUAGCUUUCUGCUUCUGUUUCCUUCCCCCCAUCUCUCUGACAGCGCUAAGCUCUGUGUGCGUGGCUUAAGAAAUGUACUGUACGAGUGUUUGUCAAAAAAAGUUGAGCGCAGACAAGCACAAGCUAAGAAAAGGGACCGGUGAAGGAGGUGGUUUUCUAUUAAAGGAACUGUAAAUAUGUGUUGCUCGCUGCUCCCCUGCGUUGUUGCUCCCGCUUAUUAGCUGCUGUUUUUCUCGAUCUCAUCAUUACCACGCUUGCCCCCGCCUUUGGUCUCUCACCCAAUCACCUGCUUCCGCUCCCCACAGGCGUGAGGCUGUGAGUGUUUAUCCGAUAUCAAACACUGAAAUGUGAAUAAGUGAAUGUUUGAUGACGGGGACACGUGCUUUGAAUAUCAAUUGCAACUUACUUUGAAGAUGUCAAAGCAGCCGCUGAAUAUUCUCUUCUUAGCAGCAGCACUAAUCCUGGAGUGUAGUGUUAUUUAAAAUACAAGAGAAGUAGCGACCUCCUUCUAUUCUCUUAAAACACGAUCUUUUUCCCGAUUAUUAGACCCAAUUAUGUCUAAUGUCAGCGUUGGUCAUUUUUUGAUCAAAAACACCAAAAAUUUGCCUUUAAUAUAAUAAAUUACAACCCUUUUUUACAGAUGAAUAAUAGAGAAUGAAGUUUUGGUUGAUUUUGUUCAGUUUCAUUUGGCUUUUGUACCUUGUGAGAUGUUUUUUCCCCGUUUUUGUACUUUUUAUAGACCGACAAUUCGUUGCUUUUUUACGAAACAGUCGGUGGAUUAACCAGAGGGAAGCUUUUAAGUCAUGCUGCUCUGAAAAUAAUCACUUGAGCCCAGUUUUAAAUGGUAAAAUAACCUCUGAGCCAGUUUAAAUCAGCAUUUGUAUGGACAUUCAAGGUCCCCAGAGGAUGAACCCUCUUGACUUUAAUGCUUCUCUUAAUUUCUAUCAUGCACCAACGUGACGAAGUUUUCAUUUAGCCGUGUAUUUUCCAUAUGUGAACACCGACUGCAUGGAUUGGCACCAACUCUUUCUGUUCAGGAUUCUUAGCCCCACCUUCAGGUCAAAUCAUAAAUUUUAACCUAAUUUUAAAGCCACUUUGUUGAGUUUUUAACUGGUGGUGAAAUAGAUUAAAAAAAACAGGUUGUAAUGGGUCUUUAAGAUCUGCAAAAGCAAAUGAGACGAUUAGAAACACAGUAGAAAAUACUAAAUGUUGUGAUUUCUAAAGCCUGCGACAGUUGACAGUACUGUGAAUAAACGCUUUAAAAGCAAGAGCUCACAGUGAGUGACUCUCUUGACUUUUAAAAGUAAGCAGAUUGAGAUUUAUUUACCUAAAAAUACAGCCUUUGUAUGUACAGGACAAGAUUAUCUAGGAAAAAUGUGUAAUUUGGCCACAAGGGGCGCCAAAAUCAACACAAACCAAAAGUUCCUUGUAGCAGCUUUAAGUUUAUAACCAAACACGCAGCUUUAGGACUGAUCAGAUUCCAGAUAUUACUUUGUAUGCUAACAUGCUUGUUUGUAUCAUUUUACCGUGAGUCCCGUCAGCACAGAAUUUCUGCUUUGCCUAAUGACAGCCAGCUUGAGUCAUAGCGCCAGUGCAUCAAAAUAACUAUUGACCGAGCAACAAAAAUUUGACCAAAAGUUUGAGUCACUGUUAAGUAGACCGGAGACGAAAAAGUAUUCAUGUUCCGGGGCCAAAUGUUCUUUGUUUCACACCUACUUUUGUAUUAGUUUGUGAAUGUGAGUAUUUAUCUUCGAAAAUACCCUUCAAUACCCUUUUGGCGACCAGUCCAUGAGAAUGUAAUGAUCUGUGAGUAAUAGUGGUCUGGCCCUGUCCUUAAAGUGUAUCGGUUAAAGAGGAAAUAUCUGUAAAAAUAAGUCAAAUUCGUUGCUAUAGCUAAAUGAAAAAUGGUGCUUUCACUGUUCAGAUCCAGCAUUAUACCAACAUUCACAUCAUAAGUCAAUCUGUGAGAGUUGGAAUCUGUUCAUACAGGAAAUAUAAUCCUUUCCCGCAGAUUCUAUAGAUUCUAAAGCACUCUUUCAUUGUCUCUUAUUCUAUAGAAAAACCUUCCCCAUGGCACCAGCUGUUCACCCCUCAUACCCCCCAGGAAUCAUCACUAUUUCUGAAUCUCUCUUUCUCACACCACAUAGACCCACACCCACUCACUUAUAUAAAGCCAUUAACUGGCAUUGUGCUAUUUUUAGAGAGCAGGUACAGGGUGUUUCAGUAUGAAGAGAUGGUUAUAGCUUCAAGAACGGAGGCUGAGCGGCGGGAUUUCACAGUUGGAGAAAAUGGGCUCCACUUGCAAAAAUAAUCGCGGUCAAAAAGUCAAAGGAAGCACAUCGGUAGGUGUACGGGAUGGCUAACCGCCCCUAAAGAUAGCUCUUGUUUUACAUCAUUGUUUGGGGGAUUUACUACUUACAUGAUUGUAAGUCCUUGUAAGCUUCCAAUGAUGCUGGUCUGAUCACUUUGUACUUCGAUUGAAGGGGCAGAUUAUGUGUAUGUAAGGUGACCUAAAGCACCGCUGGACAUGGGUUAAGCACAUAAGCUCCAGGUCAGCAGGCUUUAUACACAACAUCGCAUUCAGUACAACAAUAAAUUAAUGAAGUUGUCUCGAUACUCGCACUAGUAUCUCCUAGUGAACUGUUCUUGUAAAUAAUGAUGUAUUAGGUAGCAAAUGGUCAACGCCAUUUGGGAACCAAUCUGUGAGUGAUAGGCUGCUUGUAAUGGACCGACCUUUUGGCUCUAGUAUAGCAGAGGGUUCGAGAUAAAAGACUUCCUGAAAUUGAUACAGCUAAUUUAAAGGGAUACUGCGGCGUAAAAUUAAGUUAGGGUCAAACACACCGCAACACUGAGUUAGACACCCCGUCGAGAGAUAAAUGUUGCCGACCGCUUGCUUCUCUAGUUAUACCAACUUUAGUAACGACCACACGAUAGCAAUACUCAGACGUCUAAGGAGCCACAAACAAACCUCAACCAAAAAGCCACUCUAUAGCCACGAAUAAUGCUCAGAACAGCACCUAACUUCAUCAACAGUGUGUAGGGUCCUAGCCAUAGUACUAGCCACCAAACAUCUUUUUAAUUUUGCCUGAUUUCUUUAGCAAAGAGACUAAACACAACACACCCUUCCUCUUCCAGCAGCCGCUUGUUUGUACAGAGUCCAUCGACUGCAGCGGAGUUUCACAGCUCAAGGAAGAACAUUUAUGAUCAUUUCCUCAUGGAAAUGCGAUCAGACUGAGACGCUAGAAGAACUACCGCGUCUGCAGUGCAAAAUGAUUAAUAUGGUGAUUAUUGCUUCAAGGGAAUGAUAAAUUAAUGAUCGUAAAUGUUCUUCCUCUCUCUGUAUUGCUAUCUUUACGCCAGAAUAUCCUUUUAACUUAUUCUGCAUUGUCAUCACACAAGUACAAGUAACAUUUGAGUUCGGCAUUUUCACUAACUUUGGCCCCAUUUACUCAAUUUCCUGUACCGAACACAAAUCUGCUUUUAUAUUGAAGCGACAUAAAAGGUACUUCCGCUAACUCGUCAUUAGGAUAACAUUAGUGUGUCUUUAGCUGUUUAUCGACAGCUGACGGCAUUCAUAUAUGGAUAAAUCGAAAAUAGUUACCAUAUAUGUACUUUGGCGGCCACCCAGGUAUCAUAGACAGCGAAAUGUCACCAUUCAGUUUUCAUCUCACCGAUUUCUACUAUCACUUGUGUACCAUCUCACAGGCAAACCCCACAGGAUCCGGAAUGGCUCCGCUCCGGCACGGCCGGUGGAUCAAAUCCGCAAGCAUUAUAAUCAAUAUGUGUCAUUCCACAGAAUCUGUCCGGUAACUGGCUCCACUGCAGAUCGGCUCCGGUGGCUGGAUCAGAUACGCAAGGCUUCUAUUUUUGCCGGUUGCCGGAGCACAAGCAGCAGCGGAAGUUGUAUGCAGCUACAGAGUAAAAUAUCUGGUUAAUUUUCAAAAUAAAAUAAAGUCAAUACAUUGAACUGUUCCUAACUUGAUGAUAGAAGAGGCCAGGGUUGUGGGAUGUGGGUGUUGAUAUACAUCGCCGUUUAUAUAUUCCGAUCAGCGGAUCUCAGUCUAUGACUCCACGCAAGACCUCGUGAGAUCUCGUCCAGUCUUGCGGGAUAUAUCGGUAAUCUCACGAGCACUUCUCCUCCGAUGGCGGCAGCUAAUCGGGUCCAGUGGGCGCUGUAUGCUUGCGGAUCUGAUCGGCCUGCCGGUCCGGAGCGGAGCGGAGCCAUUCCGGAUCCUGUGGGUUUAGCCAGUUAUGUGUUCAGCUGUUUCACAAGCUAUCAUUAAAUCGAGUCCGACUGAAUCUCUAUUAAAGCUUUAUAGUCAGCAGUUUACAUGGACAGGACCGUACACAGCUGAACAGCUUGGUCCACUUAAAUGUACAGCAAGAGUCGCUUAGACCAGAUGUUCACCUCAUACAGUAGCGCACACUCAGCACCGACGCACAUCUGGCGGCCUGGUCGAACGCAGACCUUUCGCCGAGCGUCCCGAGGGAAAGGCUGAGAGACGAGGUCGCAGAGGAGGAGAGCGAUGGGGGAUAGAUGAGAUGAAAACAACUGCUGGGUGGGUGUGAAAAUUGAAGGGUAGAGUGCAGAAGAGGACAGAAGAGGAGAGGAAAAAGAGAGGAGAGCAUGAGUCGACCCAGGCUAAAAAUGAAAGCACUCGUGGAAACUAUUAGGUGGAUGAAAACACCCCCUGAAUGGCAUAUGUUAUGUAAGAGAAGUGGAGAAUAGAGGCAGGGAUUCAAGAGAUGGAUACUUUGGCAAAAGAUGUACCGAGCAAAAGCUUUCUCUCUUUUUCUUUGUGAAAAAACAACAACGGUAAAAGCCACCCUUUUCAAAUGAUACAAACCAAGAUAGUGGACGGUAAUCACCGAACCCUGCCUUUAAUCUUCAAUUUAGGACAAUUACGUGUUAUCAUCAUGAUGAUUGGCUAAAGUAGGCUAAUAUUUGACCCAUUAAUCAACUAGGUACUGAAAAUAGACUGAAAAUAUGAGAAAUCUAAUCCAUCCAAGCUCUCUGUACUCAGAGAUGUCAAGUAUAAUAAUACCGUAACUAUUUAAGGAUAAAAAUGUUGUUGCAUCAAAGCCGCUAGCCUCUGGGUGGUUGCUUAUUGUGUCGACGUUUGACUGACAUCUGAGCCAGCUUGGGGACAUGCUGUCAACUUCCACAGUGUGCUUCUGUCAAGAGUAACUAGGCCUACUUUUUUUAUUUUGGGGGACAAUAAUACAGACUAUUUUCCGUCCACGUAACAAGCCCUGAGAGCCGUUUGAGUCAUCACCAUUUAGCAAGUCCGGCAGUGUCUGUUUACAGCUCGCAUUUUGACCCAAUUAGGCGAAGUUGAAGGUGACAUUUGAAGUCAACACCAGUUGAGCUUCCGUACAUGAAAUUUUGUUUGAGGAAAUGUACCUUUAGCACUUGGUAAUUCGCUAAUGGGCAUUCUGAUCUUUGCCGGAACAUGAGGCUGUCACGGCUUUAGCAAUACCAACUUAUUUAAGGUUAAAAUUUUAGGGACAAGAGAAUAUAAAAAUGUUAUUAAGCACCUUCAAAGUGAAAAAACAAACAUACUUGGGAGUUCGUUGGUUAGCAUCGAUAAACAACUCUCAGCAACCGCGAGAACAGCACCCUCUGGUGACGGUCUGCAGUAUAGGUCGUUAACCCCGCCUCCUCCAGCAAUCUUAAUGGAGUUGUAAACAAACUUUAGAAAUUAAUUAUGUAACCUAGGUAAAUCCUGAGCAGCCAGUUCCGCCUUUAAGCCCACACGUCAGUAGUUUCUCGUGAUAAAUGUCAUCUAAUCUCGCGGUAUCUUGCAGCAUCUCGCAGUAUGUUGUUGUAUCUCGUGGUAUCGCGUUGACCAGUAAUAGGUGAGUGUUUGGGUGACGUCAUGCAGUCACGUGUGUUGGUGCGACCAACUGAGUGUAGUUUGUAGACGCUGUGGGGAAGCGACUUAAGCGAUAAGUUACAGGUUGGUUUGAGUUUAAUCGUAAACGGUUUUUGACGGUGCGAAGAACGUGUUGUGUGGCGAUUAACCGAGGACGGAUGAGUUUGUUAUUGCUAUCGUGCUAGCCAUAGAUUUCAUAUAGAAUUGAUGUCGUCUGCCUUCUCGCUGGGUGGAGCCACUGUGAGAACAGCACCCUCUGGUGACGGGCUACAGUAUAGGUCAUAAAUCCUGCCUCCUCCAGGAAAGCUUAGGGAGUUUAGAAAUUUAUUGCACAAAAUAUAAAUUUUUCACCCACUUUGUUCCGAUGUUGACAUGUAGUUACUGUAAGACUGGCGACUCUCCCUCCAAAUGCGCAUAAGUGGUGAAGUGUGUACAACGCUACUGCACAAUGUUGGUUUCAGGAAACUGAGAAAAAUUGCGUAAUUACCGAGAGCUUUUUGGCUUCAAAUCCGUAUACUGGCGGUAGGCGGAACCAAGUUGUCCACAGUAUAUACAGUCUAUGGUGCUAGCGUUAGCUUAGCCGAGCCCAUUCAUCCCAAUGUAAGAGAUUAGUUGUGUAGCAACAAAUAUGCUGUUUCUCCAAAUGAAAAUCAAAACGUCUUAAAUUGCAUUCAGAUGGAAGUUUAUUGCUGUUACCAACUGUGUGACGAUUGUUUAGAAUGUCAACUGUGAAACUACUGGAAAAAGUGAGGUCAUUCUGAGCACUUUAAUCAUGACUUGAAUGUAUUUGAUUAUCUAUCUCUAUAACUAUCAAUCACACUUGCUAUAUAAUUUUAUACAUGUUGUUUCUUAAUAAUGCAAGUAGUAUUUAUUUCUUUAUUAUUAAAUAUUGAAGUUAACUAUACGGAAUAUACAUUUUUCUCCUCCUUGGUCACAAUCUUGACAUGUCGUUGUUGUAAGAUUGGUUUGCGGGUUCAAAUUUGUAUAACGACGAAAGGCGGAGCCAAGUUGUCUGUAGUAUAUACAGGUUAUGAUUUUGCCUGGUUGGACUCUACUCAACACCCCGGUGAAGCCUUCAUGAAAUUAAUGAGUAGUUGGUUUGGUGCAAUUAUGGAACCUGCAGGCAAUCUCACGCACAAACCCACUUGGGACCCACAUUUCAGCAGAGUCUGGACCCACAUGGGCCCCACAUAUAAAUGUCAGCUUAGGAUUUGCUUUUAGCUGUUUCUGCUGCCCUAGGACUUAACUCUCUGCCAUGUGAUAUACUAUAAUUUACCCAUUCGAGAAUGUGACGAUCUUUACAAGAGUAUUAUUUGUUUUUAAUGCUACCAGAGUAAUUGAAUAGAUAUUUUUAAUAGAGCACGCCUGCUUUUAGCUAAUAUUAAACACCUUAGAGUCCAGAACGGUUUAGGUUUUGGUGGGUCAAGCCAACGUCAACUUGAAGGCUGUGUAUAUAAUCUAGUAUAUGAAUGAGUUGAUCAGGAAAGCUGUCAUACAAUCUAGAAACGAUAAAAAUAAUUGUUGUAGAAAUCAAACGAGAUGAAACCGGCGUGAUUCAUCUUCCAGGGGGGAUCCGGGGUCGAAUUUGUGACCCCAUCUCGCCUCCAAAACAGGAGAACUCCUCCAGGGUUAUUUUUAUUCUCUACAACAAACAGGAACAGUGGGUAGCGUUUGAUUUUGAUCAUCCCUGACGAUUGCAGGCAGCUCUCGAGGACCUUAUAUAACUAAUCAAAUAUUUAUUACGUUUACUCCAUGAAAACUCGGCUCUGAUAUCGGAGGGGGGGGGGGGAGGCUGGAAAAAAAAAAAAAAAAAAAAGGAGCGGAUAGUGAAAUGUGACAGAAGCGUGAGGGAAAACAGCUCAGAGAGGUGUACACCCCUGAGGGAAACCUUGUUGUAAAUGAAGUGCAUCGUAUUGUGCGAGAGGAAGAAAGUGUCGGGUGAAGAGGAGGGGGCAGCAUGUGUUUUUUUUACUUGUGUAUAUGUGUGUACAGUACGAGCCCGUGUGUGUUUGUGUGUGCGUCCAUCUGGGCUCCAUUUAUGCCAGCCGAGUGUUUUUCUGAAUAGGCCGUGUAUGUUCUAAUCUUUCUCACUGAGCCAGUCACCACGCUCUUUUUUUUUUUUGUUUUUUUUACACCCUCUUGCUAAAAUGCAUGUCUCUUUCUCUCUAUCUUCCCUCCCUCUCCCUCCAUAUGUGUCUUUCUCCCUCUCUAUCACCUUCAGCGGCUCCCCAGGGCAGGCUGUUAAAUGCUGCAAUCUGUCUCUGUCUCCCAUCCUUAUACCCACCCUCCCUCUCUCUCUCUCCCUCCCUCCCUGCAUCCCUCUCCUUCCCUUCCUCUCUUUCUCUCAGCCUUCCCUCCGAGGGUAGCUGCUCAUGAAUCACGGCGCUAACUACUACAUGUAAAAGAGGGGAAAUCCCUGACUAAAAGCAGGGGAAGGGGGUGAUAAGAACAUAUCUCCAGGGGGGGUUAAAGCCAGCCAGUCAAUUGUGAUUACGAGGGCGGAGGCAGGACGGACAAGAAAAGAUGGAACAAAAGGACGGAUGGAUGAUAUGAGGAUUAUUUUAUGGGGGUCAAGAUUCAAGAUUUUGCAUAAUUUCUGCUAAUUUUCAAAUACUGAGAGCAGAAACUUCCAAAAGUGCUGAAUGAGGGCUAAAUGAGGCUGACAUUAAUACACAGGAAACGACUCCGGACAGUAACAUUAAUCUUCUGUCGAUCAGAGCAGCUUCACUGGAGCAAAAGGGGGUUAAGUGCCCUUCGCAACUAAUGGUGGCGAAAGGCGGGAAGUGAUUCUUGCACGCUAGUUUCAUCCCAGAAGGUCCGAGACACAAGCUGACGACCUUCCCCGCGGUCACAUUCUGGUUUUCUUGAACCCUCGGAGAUUCAGUUCGUGUUUUGAAGGGGAAUCGAACAGACAGACGGCGUGAAUUGAGCGCUAACUGGAAAGACAAGUGUGUGGGCAGCUGCCAGGGAGACAAUAAUCGAAGUGGAGAUCGGGAUGAAGAUCGCUGUAAUUUCUUUGAUCACUGGCAAACUAAAGACGAUCGUGUUUAUUUAUAUAGCACUUAUCAAGACGGGUGUCAGAAACAAAGACGUACCAACAAAAGGACAAAAUAACCUCAAACAAGAGCUGCAUGAAAUAAUAGAACAGCAGCAACAGAUACGACAGGACACACAAGUAGUAUCAUCAAAAUAAAUAGCUAAACCAGGUGUCCAGACUCAUUAAAAGAGCAGUUCCUAUUUUUGUCCAGUGGUCAGGGGUCACGACUCCAGAUUUGAUUUCCACACCCAAAACAAAAGAAGCUCUACCUGCCCUGCCUGAUUGAACAGGGAAGUAGGACAUCGGACAAAGGUACAUACUCUUAGCCAUCUUCUUCAAAGUUGAUUGUCGGAAUGGGACAGACCAUCUGCAUUGGUUCUGCUUCCACCAGACAAGAGUUCUACUUGUCCCAACCAGCCCCCUCAAGGUACAAACCUUGUACUAAUACUCCAUCCUUGGGCGGGUAGAGGAGGUUGCUGUCAUCCACAGUGGAAACUAUAAACUCCCAUGACAGUUUAUAGAGGAAGUAGUAGAGUGGCUGGAUAGAGGAUAGCAUAGCAUUCAAUGGGACCUCGCGCCUCUGCCCAUGUCACAUUGUUAGGUCAAGCCAAGAUGCAUCAGCCCAUCGAAGAUAUUUCUAGGUGGGAUGAGCUGAAGGAACUCCACUGGGCUCCUGUCUACUUAUAAGUGUUUUAAACCCUAAAGAAGACUACUUCCUGUCUGAUGGUGAAUGCGGCGAUGCCAUGGUUGCAAUACCAGCAUUUCAGUUACCAAGUCGGAAAAAAGCAAAAUAUAAGCAUAAUAUAAGUCCGAAUACAAGCAAGGACAAGGCAAGUGCUAAAAUAACUUUUGCUUUUUUCAGACUUGGUAACUGAAACGCUGGUAACUCAGGUGUGACGUCAUUCCCAGCUCAGACUUCUGACUUCCAAGGUAACUCGAACGCGACAUUAGAAUAGACCUUUGUGCUCUUUGGGGGGUCAAAGAAAAGGCCUUAAGAUGUACUGGAAUGUAAUCAGGCCAAGAUUCAGAUUAUAAAAAUGAUGUUUCCGCCUGCAACCAGGAGGUGCUAUAACUGGGUUGAAAUAUAAUGGCAGACAUGUGUUGAGGUCUUCACCCAUGUCAUGCACAGGAAGUUUGGGUUAGAUAGGAGUGUGGAUGGUUGAGGGAAAAAAUUACUUCCUGUUUCGACCAAACACCAAUCUUUGGCUUAUUUAAAGAGUUUUCCAUCGCCCAGAUUCAUUCUACCUUUAUGCCUCUUCAUCAACCCUGUAUGAGAAGAAACCAGUCUAUGUACCCACAGUUCCUGUCAAGAACCCAACUGGAACUUUUUGUAAAUGUCCUUUAGUUUGUUCGCUUUGAGGAUGAUCUUUUAGAGUAUUUUUGCAAUAAAAAGUCAGCUCUGAAACUGGUCAGUAGUUGCUACAGACUCAUGGAUCAAGGUCUGUUUUUUUUUGACAGUUUUUAAAUAUUGUAGGAUGCAGCUGGAAAGAAAAGGGAACUAUUGGAGGUUGUAACAUUCAACAGUUCCAAAAAGGUUCUUCGCAGUUUGGCAGGGAGUGAGUGGGAUUGAGUCGAUUUCAAAAUGUGUUUACAGAUAAAUCAAAAUAAAGGAGGUGUUUUUGAAAAGGUUGAUCAAAAGUGAGUUUUUAUUUGGAUUUACCAGCAGAAAAAUUGAAAUAAAGAGCAAAUUUGCUUUACUUCUUAUUCUGCAUGUCUUGUUACUGUGUCACCACCGCUAAAAUGGAUCUAAUUGGUCACAAGCACGUGUACAUUGAAGCUAAGCAGACCCUCACGUAAAAACAUUACAGCUGAUUGAGCUCUGUCUCCUCCAUCAUGGCUGAAUUCAGUGAUAUUUCCAUUGAUAUCAACUGAUUUUCCCACUGACACGGCUGUUUAUGUCAACCGUGCCCAUCGGCAGCGAGGGCUGUUGCGCCGGUUCAAAACCAACACGACUGACUUGAUGUGAUGCUGGCAAAUGUUUUAACCUUACCUCUCUCUUUUUGAAGCUCUAUUUACUGGUAACUCACGAUUAGGCUCCAACUAAAGGUCAAAAUGUAAAAUGUUUCAAAGGCCACCUUACUUCCAGCUGACCUAGUUUGGUGUUUUUGGUGCUGUUUGCAGAUGUAAGAGGAGUUUUGAUUAGGUAAAUUUUCCAAAGAAGCAUAUGAAAAGGAUUUCUUUUGCAGGAUAAAAUACUUUUAAAAGUUUGGAACAUUUAGGUUUGGCCUCUUUUGGUUCAUCAUACAUGCGUUAGGGUCCCUUGAGCAUUGGCUUGAAGGUAUCUGUUUCUAAGAGUACUUUGGCAUCUGUUCAAAGGUGCUCCUUUACAUUACUGUUCACUUGGGUACUGUAAAAGAGCUUUCAUCUGUUUUUAGUUACCCAUACCGUCUGUUUUAGGUACUUGUCAGUGUCUAUUUAGUAGAAACUAUUAGCAACUGCAGAAAGUACCUUUUAGUACAAGAUUAUGGUAGGUAUUUUGCUUUUUUAAAAGAAACUUUAUUUUGAUGCACAAUUAAGGAACCCUGUUUUAAGGUGCAGUUAAGGAACCCUGUUUUAAGAUGCAAUUUAAGAACCUUGUUUUAUGGUGCAAUUAAGGAACACUGUCUUGACGCGCAAUUAAUAAACCCUGCGACCUCAAUUACAAGUUGCAGAUCGUGAUUUUGAGUUAUAAUUAGCAUCCUUUUCUUAAUUGUCUUUAUAUUUAUUCAUUGUAGCCCUUAGUGUCUGUAUCAAUGUACUUUUAAACAUCUUGUGUUUGCUUUAAAGUAACCGUAAGCAUUUAUUUACAUAGUCUCUUCUACCUAUGAUGAAGUAGCCGUAUUAAACUAUGUCUUAAUCUAUGUUUUGAGGUACUUUCAGCUUAAUUUCAAAGUUUUUUUUGCACCUGUUUUGAAUUCUUUAGGUAUCCUAAAGUGUUGUUUCAGGUUAUACUUUAGUACUUUUAACAACUUCAUGUAUAACUUUAGUUUGUGUUAGGGGUGUCCUGAUACAACUUUUUUACUUCCAAUUCGAUACCACUAUUGUAGCCUUCAGUAUCGGCUGAUACCAACAUUGAUCCGAUAUCAGCACAAACUUCUGCAUGACAAGUUUUGCACUCAGCUGUAAUGUCUUUUUCGGACUGUAAGGAAAAAUACAUCCACAGGGCCGACAUCGCUACUACUCCUUGGUACUUUGUUUGUACCUUAGUACACACUGUUGUUGUGACCACAUGGGCUCUGCAUGCUAGAUCCGGGCGCUGCUAGCUAGAGGUGCUGGAGCGGAGUCUGGAAUGGACUGCCUGUAUCGGAGUGAUGAUAUCGGAGAUUUUAGACGCAGGCCGAUAUAAUCCAAUUUUCAAAUUUUUGCUGAUAUCAUACUGAUACCUAGUUUGUGUGUUUAAAAACAGAUUUAUUUGACCAUCUCAAGAGGACACUGCUGAACUCAAAUACUCGUUUUCUUCUGGAAUAGCUGACCGUUCACAGGAUGUUUCAACCUCUUUGUUUUGCCGUUAAUAUCCUCACUCUCAGUUCUCUUUGGUCUAACUUCUCCAAUCCCAAGUCACUUCAGAAAGAUGCUUACUCACUGCUUUAAUCACCGCUCGUUAGUGUCUGGUGUGUUUUUGCCGGUUACUACCUGCACGGUUGCAGAUAUUUCCACUGUCCUAAAGGAAAACAAAGCCCCUGACGCACACCGACAGAAAUAAGAAAAACUCGAGGAGAUCAUUUGAGGAGAGGCAGAGCGGACGCUGAUGAAAACGUCUCCUGACAGCCCUGAUAGGUGCAUUAUGUCAAGCUUUCAUUACGAGCCACAUAAUCAGGUUAGAACAAUUUGAAUUUAUUUCCUGGUUCUCUUCGGAUGAAAUUGUUUGUCAUCUGCUGCCAAAAAAAUACGACACAAAAGAGAUAUCUCAAUCACUUCAAUUAAAUUAAAAAAAUUCACACUUGUACAGUUCAGGGACAAUUUGUACUCCAAAUUGAGGCGUAUUCAAUUUGUCACGCGCUUGUUUUGGUGUAUGUCUUUUUUUUCUUCUUCCUCGUUCUCCCCCACACCUUCACCUCUGAUUUUCCUUUCUUUACCCGCAUGUUUGUCAAGGCCAAAUUCUGUCCAAUCUCCCUCUCUCUCCCCCGGCUUACCAGACUCACUGUCGAGAGUGAAUCCUUUCCCGAGCGAAAAGCCGAGUUUAAUGCCUCUUCCGCUGAAAGCUGCCGCACUUCUUACUGUGUGAUGUGUACUAAUGCUGAGCGUACAGCCUCCCUCUUCCUCUCUGCAGUGUUUCACCCUCGUGCUGCAGACACUCACUCAUAUCUCUGCAGUCUUUCUACCUCUCCGGGUCUCUCCGGUUCUCUCUCUUCUCUUUUUUUUUUUCUUUUUUGUGCACUCCUUGUUCUUGCUGCCUCUCUUUCUGUUGCACCUCUGCUUCUUAUCUCUAUUGCAGACUGUUUCCUUGAUGGUACAGCACGACGACUGCAGUGGUGCAUUACAGACCUUUUUUUUUUUGUUCUUUGUAGCUCUCUCCGGAAAAGGGCUGAGUAGUUUGCAGACCAAAAUUCUAGUUUGAUGAAACAAAUCCAAAUGCAUCAGUUUGGCUGAUUUAGGCAGGUUAAAAAUGCUCUGAUUAAACCCGUAUUCACCGAUAUUGGAUUUGAAUUUCGUCUCAGUCUGAGUCAUUUUCAGGAAACUGUGGGUGGUUUUAUUCACAUUUUCAUUUUUGUGUUGUUUUGGACAAAAUUUAGUCAGAGAAAAUCUGUUUUUAAUUUUAGCCACAGUUUCGUCAGUGUUCAUUUUGGUCCGGUGCUUUAUCCAAAACUUUCUCAGGCAGGUUUAUGAUCCGUUUCGGAGAAAGAUCAUAAAAAUUUCAGCUGGAAGAAAGAAUACCUAACUAUUUUUAGUCGCAUUGGCUGGAAAUGUGUUUCUAACUUUGACUUGUUCCUUGAUCUGGAAAAAAAAUCAGUGUUUAUGAGUGGUUAUGAAAAGUGCAAUAAGUUAAAUUCCCUCUUCACAACUUGGGGCCAUGUUUAACAGAACGACAUAAAUAUUUGCUGAGUGAUUUACGUCUGUAUACGAGGCUAAAGAAACCAUAAAUCAUAUUUUGGAUAUUUAGAGCUGCCAGAAUCAGUUUGAACACUCACUUUACACAGUUUUAACUAUUUUUAACUUUAAAAACAUAGAGUUACAGGGCUUGACACUAACUUUUUUCAGAAGGAGUCACAUGUGCUCGUAAUUUGAAAAAGUAAGGAGCACACAAAGAACUCUAAGGACACAAUGGUCGACGUAAGUACUAUUGUUUGAAAUCAAUUUUUGGUCAAUUGGUCUCAUGACAUGGAAGGGAUUGUAGGAAAACACCUUUUUUUGAGAACAUCAACAGGUAAUUUAUUGAUGGUCCCUUAUUCAACACCCGAUGUUGACAUCGAGGGUGCCGAGUAGAUUUAAACGCACUGCUCUUGCCAGUCCCAGUUAUGGAAAGUGAGAAGACAACGAUAGAUCGGCACUGCAUGUAUAGUCCAGUCCAUUACAGACUACAGCGGGGUGCCGCAGCUCAAGGAAGAACAUUAAUGAUAAUUUCUUUAUCAUUUCCUUGAAGUAAUAAUCACCAUAUUAAUCAUUUUGCACUGCAGACGCGGUAGUUCUUCUGUCUUAGCGUCUCGGUCUGAUUGCAUUUCCAUGAAGAAAUGAUCAUAAAUGUUCUUCCUUGAGCUGCGACACCCCGCUGUAGUCUGUAAUGGACUGGCCUGAGGUCUCGUUACAAACAAGCGGCUGCUGGAAGAGAGUAGGUGAGUUGUGUUCAGUCUCUUUGCUCAAGAAAUUAGGUAAAGUUAAAAAGAUGUUUGGUGGCUAGUGCUAUGGCUGGGACCCUAUAUGUACUGUUGAUGAAGUUAAAGGGAAUAUCCUUUUAAUGUGAUGUCAGGUGUUAAAGUAGGUGAAUGUUGUGAAUGUACAGGCCCAGACCUCCAAUAUGAGACGAUCCCACUUUGUCGAAUGAAUUUCACGAGAAAAAACGUCUUAUAUCCUGAGAAAUGUGAUUUUUUUCUCUGGUAUUUUCCUGCUGUACAUCAAGGCCAAUGAUAUCUAAACGUCAGGAUGCACCAGCUAACGUAAACAAAUCAUUCUCUCAACAGUUAGCUUGGUUUUAUUUUGUUGCAUAUAUACUCUCCUGUUUGUGAGCUCUAAAUUUAGGUCGACACUAAUACCUCAAACAGCAUGGACCUUUUUUUACUCUGCGGAGAAAUUCCAUGUUCUUCAAACAAAUAUGUAAUUUAGCAACAAGGACAGAAAGUUUUGUUGAGUCAUUUCUGACUCAUUUCCAGACUGAGGGGCACUAAAUGCUGAUGCUCACAUCCCCACGCUUUAGCUGCUUAAGCUAACGCAUUAGCGUCACAGUCGGACAGGAAGAGCUGCUUUACAUUCCCAAAUCCUGGAGGUCCUGAUUCAGAGCUUAAUGUAGGCUUAAAAAUGAUGAUAUAAUGUGCUUUAAAGUUUAAGAGGAGAUUCUAACAACUAUCACAAGCUGUGAGUCAUUUACACUCGUAUGACUUAGCUAAGAGCUCGCUAGCUCUCUGAAAUUCACCAAGGACAUGUGGAGAAAGACUCACCAGGAUGAUGAUGACACUACUUUUCCUUGAGAGAGCAUCACAUUUAUGCAGGAGACGGAUUUUAUUUCCACAAGCCAAACACAUCUGAAAGAGAUAUCGCUAUAAAUAAAGCACAUCAACCAGAUCAUGACUCGCUAGAUUGAGGCUAAUUAGUGAUUCGUGUGGAUUACAUGACUAAGCAGAAGUAGCCCUCCUGGUUCGAAAGAGACGAUCAAAACCAGCGCUUACCGUAAUUUUCGGACUAUAAAAGGCACUUUAUUGACAGUGGGCCUUAUGUUUGAUUACUUGUUGUGCUUACUGACCGAUUUUAUCUGGUAUAAUGUGCUCAAAAAUCUGUCGAAAUGUGUAAGUAUGACUUUAGUAAGCAACAAAACCGCUCCAUUCAAUGGCUAUUCAGAGCAUUACGGUAACUGUUGUGCUGGAAUCAUCACUGAAAAGCCAAGUACCAGUAACAGCAACAACUGACUCGGAUAAUGACGAGAGGGAUCUGGACAUGCUUGAUGCUGAAAUUGUACAGCUGUUUGACUCAGACACUCAAGAUGAAGAAUUUUAUUCAAUGGAUUUUUGAAAGAUGAAUGAAUCAAUAAGUGAGUGUGAACGCCUCAUGUGUGGACAUAAACAUAUUAAUUCAUAGUGCGUCUUAUAAUCCGGUGCGCCUUAUGGCCCGAAAAAUAUGGUACUUUCUUAGCUGCUUGAAAAUCUUACAUUUACACUUUCACAUAGAGGGCUCUAUUUUCGUGCCUCGCCGGUGGCAUGGUGCAGGUGCGGCGUAAGUCAGGUCCGCCGCGCCUGUAGGGCAUGUCCAAGCACAUUUUGAUAUUUUGGUGAGCGGUGCAGCCCAGUGUAAGUAUUCCUCCUCCCUUACUCAGCUCCUCCCAGCAACGUAAGUCGUAGAGAGGGAGGAGAGAAGGCGUGGAGUGGGUUUGACACAGCUGAGACCUGUUUUCGCCAAUCAUAUCAGCUCCUCUCCUCACCCGUAAAUCUGCCACCGGCGAGGCAUAUUACAAUUUUCGUUAAGUAGUCGAAGAGAUCAAGAAACGGCCAAAGACAGUAAUGCCACACGAUGGCGACAGAAGGCAGCCCCUUAACAAGUGUCACUGUAAGCGCUGCAGAGGCGUCCUCCACAGUCUCUCAAAUAAGCACAGAUGGAUUUGGUGUCUGACUCAGAAUAUUGGUUGUUGUUGAUUAUUUAUUGCACUGAAAUGCGCCUGACACUGUGGAUCCGCCUGCGCUGAAAGGUGACCAGGUUUAAAUCGGCAAGCUUUCAGUGCACUUGGACCAGCUGAUUCUGUCGACACCUCCCUCUACCGUGCCACCAUGCCCAGCUUGGUGGACCUCGGUGCGCCUCAGUCUACCAAAAUACCAAACUGGCUAUGCGCCAGGCUCCGUCAGACGAAAAUACCACUGCGCGGGGUCCGCCACGAAAAUAGAGCCCUCAGUCUCAUCUGCUGCUAUUUCCUCUAUUUUCUAUUUCUCUGUCUUAUUUCUUCUCCUCGAGUUUUCCAUCACCUCCCCUCUAAGCCAAACACCUCCUGCUUCUUCCUCCUCCGACCAGACUCAAACUGUAUACAUUCACAGUCGCCGAGCAUUCAUCUCCUUCCGUGUCUUAGCUGGAGCGUGGGCCCCAAAUUGGCCGUUGACCCCACGGUUUUUCUUCUUGCACGUGUGCACACUCACACAUAAAUCACACACAUCAUGCUCACAGACUGUAUGACCGCGGUAAAAACACCCACACAGACCAACACAUCCGCACAGGCAUGCACUCAUGCAUGCUCGCAGCCUUAGACACACACACACAUAGACACUUGCUAAGUUAUUGGCAGGCCCAGAGUGGCGAGCCUCUCCUCGACAACCCGACCACGCUCUGGUUGUGAUUGUGUUAUGCAUGGGCCAUUUGCUUCAUGGAUCAUAAAGUGCAAUAAGGACAGAGUUAAGCAGGAAUAGACACAUGCAAACACACACUUGGACGCGCAUUGAGGUUUUUCUUUUUUUUCCCUCCAUCUGACAUGAUAUUGCAUAAUCGCAGAAUCUGUCUGAAUCUCUCUCACCCUCUCUGUCCGCGUCUCCCUCCGUCACUUUUCUUCACUCACCCCCCCUGUAUCACUGACUCACAUGUCCGUGAGAGUUACACUAUUAGCGUGGUGGCAGAAAGGCAACGAAAGCUUUCAGGGCAGAAGAGAGGAGGUUAAAAAAAAAAAAGAGAGAGUCAAGCAAGAGAGCGCAGAGAAGCUGUUAAGAGAAGACAACUAAUGGAGGUCUGACUAAAAAUAACUUUUUUUAACAAGGGAAACAAGUGAAGUGAGAAAGAAAAUGGAAGAGGGCAGCUUAGAGGAGGGUGUUAUCUGCGGUUCACAUCUAUUAACGCCUCAAGUAAAGGAUGAAACUGUGGGUUAAAAAAAGACAGAAAAAAUGAUUUCUGUUUAUUAUGUUUUAACUUUUGCUUUAAUUUAGCUGAUAAAAAGUUUUAUUAUUUCACAUUAGCUUUAAUUUAGUCGUUGCUUUCUGCUCCAGUGUGAAGAAGAAGAAGUGUUUGAGAAAUGAAAGAGGGCAACUCAGGUCAGUGAAAAGAAAAAUAACUGAUUAGACUGAUUAUUGGCUUUGGCCGAUAUUUAGCAUUUUGGCCGAUCGUCUCUUUUAGCCUUUUAUUCUACAGAUAGUCGAUUUAAUAAAUCGAUCAAAAAGUGUGUCCCUUUGACUCUGCUUCUGAUGUGCCAACGCUACUUUGUCUUUUUUAAAGUCCCGCCUACAACGCUAUCUGAUUGGUUGGACAUCACAUGACCAUGUGACAGGUGCAACUGGUUUGUAAAAGUGCUGAGGCAGUUAAAAGUUUGUGUUUAAAAUUAAUUUAGGGUCAAACACAUCGUAACACCGAGUUAGACACCCCCUCGAGAGAUGAAUGUUGCUUCUCUAGUUUUACCAACUUUAGUAACGACUGCACGAUAGCAAUACACAGCGGUCUGAGGAGCCAUAAACAAACCUCAACCAAAACGCCACUCUAUAGCCACAAAUAAUGCUCAGAACAGCACCUAACUUCAUCAACAGGACAUAUAGGGUCCCAGCCAUAGUACUAGACACCAAACAUCUUUUUAGCUUUGACUAAUUUCUUUAACAAAGAGACUAAACACAACUCACCUACUCUCUUCCAGCAGCCGUUUGUUUGUAGCGAGACCUCAGACCAGUCCAUUACAGACCACAGCGGGGUGACACAGCUUAAGGAAGAACAUUUAUGAUCAUUUCUUCUCUCUACUCCCUUCAUUUCCUGCCUUUCUUCAUCUUUCCUAUCUAAUAAAUUCAAAAAUUUACAAAAAUAUAACAAAAAAAAAAUCUGGAAAUGUCAGUUUAGUGUUUGUCACGUACAUGUCAAAUCUAGGAGAUAAAAAUUUCUCCUCUUUUGCUACGUUAGCGCCUGUUUUUAAAAUGCAGUGUGCAGUCACAGCUAUGACAUGACAACUUUGGUUACCUAGCAACAGGAAGAGCCAGCCAGAAGUGCCGUAUAAUUGAGCUUGUGGGCGCCGCAAGUGCAGAAAAUGCUGUUUGUGGACACAGGCCCUUACACUUGUAGUUGAAGUCCUGUUAUUACCGUCUCUGUUGUUGCCAUGGUGAUUGUUGUCAUCCCCAGUAGGACAGUUCUGUGGUUUCUCCGUGGCUACCCCAGUUUAUCCGCCAAUCGGGGCCUGUCUGUGUCGAUUUUUUACUCUCCUCAGGUUCUUCAAAAGCUUUAAACUUAAAAUUGUAAUAAUUGUUACUCCAAACUGCCCGUGGUUGUGAUUAUCAGUCCUUGUUUUUGACGGGGAGACUUGUCCAAUGCUGGCUGGGAUGCGCUCCAGCUCCCUGUGGGGAUAAACGGUGAGCCUAAUGGUUGGAGGGAUACCUCGCCAAAAGAGCGAAAAACAGAGCGAUCCCAAAGAGGAAACGAGACAGAUGGCCGAAGAGAAAACUGGAUUUUAUUGAGACAGAAAAAAAAAAACGAAACGAGAGGAGAGAUGAAAGAUCCUAAAAUUAGAUCACUUGUCAUCCGGUGGAGCUUGAGCUGAUAGCCGUGGUUCACCCCUGCCUUGUUCUGUUUCUCUUUGCUGACAGUAAACUCGUGGAAAAUUUGGCAUACGACAAGACGUAGGAGAGAACCUGGCUUACGCCGCUCAGUUCCCUCUGAUUCAGCUCUCUCCGCACAGGGGACGUGUCGUGUUGAAUCCCUCGCAGUGUUUUGAACGCUUUCAAAAAGACACCGUACAGUUUUUCAGCUUGGAUCCAGUCUGCCAGUGUUUAUUUCAAUCAGACUCUGCUCUUUGGCACGACGCUGCUCCGCUGAGUACAAAUUUAUCUACAGUGAGUGUGGGAGCAGCCAUAUUUAUUAAUACAACCUGGCACUUGAACUUUACAAUCAUGACCCAAAACAGUUUAAUUUAGCAUCCAGGAAGUCGCUUAACGGCUUCUUUCAUGCGUAAACCGUAUUAUACAACAUUCUAGAUGUUCGUCUGUGUUUAUGUGUUUGUACAGAAAAAUACAAAACUGGAUAAAGAAGGAAGUUCGUGAGUGUGCAGGUCAUUUCAACUCUUGUUCUUUCUCCUCUACAGAUCGCAUCUACCAACUCUGCUAACAGCAGCCAGACGACUGCAGCCGACAACAAAGGUAUGUCCGAGUUUAUUUCAUGAAUUUUGUCCACUCUCCUUUCAUUCAAUCGUUUUUCAUCGACUUUCAUUGCUUCUUUGUUUAUAACAGAGCGGAAAUGAUACAAAGUUAGCUAACGAUAAGACAACAAAGUUAUGUUAGCGUACUUAGCCGCGACUUUUCGAGGAACACUUUGACAUCGUUGUACAUCAAAAAUUGAAAUGAUUUGGCUUUUGAAACCAUUGUUAAAACUCCAAAGUUAGUUUUCCAAAUAAGAAACAUUUCUAUGUGUAUGAUCUACUUCUGGUAGAUUGUAACUUAAAGAAGAGAAAAAGAAGGUGUUAGCUCCUACGCGGCACAGAGGGCUGCUAUCGCUAGCUUACCUGCUGCAGCUGCUUCUUCUUUUAUAAAUUUGUGGCAACCAGAGAGAACAGCUUCUACUGUUACUACUAUUUUAAGCACAAUAUUAAUAUCUUGUUUUGUUUAAAAGACAGCUUUAUCGUGACUUGAGGUUGUGAAGGAGAAGGGGAUUUCUUACGAUAGCUGCAAUUUUUCGAUACCACAGAUUAAGAAAUUUAAUGAAGAGUUGUUACAUCUGAGCCAGUGCAACACGCCCCCUUUGUUCCUCAACCUUUAGUUAGCAUCCUUGCUAACAUCAUAUUUCCAAUGCUAAAGUUUGUCUGGCAUACCUUUCGAAAUGCGUUCUAACAGGAAGGGAAACUUGGUAAACGUAGUCAAAUCAGAUUUGGAGCCAGGUUCUUCUUCUUUUGGCCUGAUUCAGACAUUUUAAAUAUUACCCAGGAUUUCCACCGCAUCUGGAACUGCUCCGACCUGCAACGCGGCAAUUUUCGCAGUACGCCAAUUCCUACCGGAUCCGUUUGUGAGGCAAAUUUCGUGGCGGAUUACGGACAGCAGGAAUCGUGAGAACUCACAAGAACCCAUGUGCAAUCGCGCGAUAACACAUAGGCUAAACAUAAAAGCAGUAGAUUGUGUCCUCUCAGAGGAGGAAAUCUACUUCUAGACCUCUAGAAUUAGCAUCUCCUCAACCAUGAUGUCAACGGGGUGAAAUGACGUCUAUAAACCUUUCACUUGUUCGUCUCCGCAUGUUGGCAUGGUGUGAAAUAUGAUCCGCCUGAAACGCAAAUGUUUUAUUUUGAAAGAAGCCGAAUUGAAAGCUGAAUUCAUCCGGCAUGUUCCGGCGUCCAGAAAAAAUAGAACUCUUGCGAUCAGCCGCGGAGUCCGGCGAUCCGCAGCGGAACGGAAAGAAUCCGGUGGAAAUCGACACAUUGACUUGAAUAGUUUCGAUCAGCUACGAUCGGAGCAUACGGCCUUUUCGUAGUGGUUCCGGAUGCAGUGGGAAUUGCCAGUUAGACCAGCAUCAGGUCUGACAGAAAUCUAGUGGAGCCAAAAACAAAGCAAGAUGACUUAAUAAGGUGUUUUUGGUUCCCAGGCAGAAUGGAGUAAGUUCAAGUUCCAGACAGCUCUUGAUAAAAUAUGUUAAUUUCCGAUCCCUCCAGAGGGUACAAACCCGUCAGAGGAAUCAGCACCUCCAUAAGUCUACAGAUAAAGUCAUCAGUUGGCGAAGGCGUCAGAGAGGCAUGUGUGUAACCGUCUCCCGUCCUCGACCUUGUUUCCCUUGUUUAUCUCUCUCUCUCUCUCUUCCUUUGUCUUGCUCUCGCUCUCGGAGCCUCGGCAACACAAGAAACUUGACGUUCUGUUUUUAUGGAGGUCAGACCUCUGAUUUUCCAUGAGCAAAGCAAACCGAGGCAAGGCGGCACUUUGGCAGGAAUCGCCGGUCUGUCAGCCAGAAAGAAAAAAAAAAAGGAAGUUGGCUGUAGCUUAACUUUUGUGCAACGUUGCUCAUCAAUAACGUAUUACAGCACUGCAGAAUUUACCAUCUAUCAAUGCGGCACCAGCCCGGGUCAGCCAGUUUGAUGAGGUUGCUUGCCAGGAAUUGGUGCUUGCAUAUUUCCUUUCAGACAUAUGUCUUUCCCAGCCCUUGGGAGUCCGUUAUUAAUAUUUAUUCCCUCUGUUUUGUGAAAUAUUUCAUGAAAAACAUCAAAAGGCAAAGUCUUUCCUCUGGUGUCUCAGCACGACUCUUUCAAACCCACAAAACUUCAAAUAUGUCUUCUCUUCAUCCCUCUCAUCUUCACUCUUUUCUUGUCACUUUUUUCUUUUCUCUGUUGACAUGAUAAUAAAAUAUAUUUGCACAAAGGUCUGUAUGAUCACCAGUUAAUGAUCUUUUUGUGCCGUCAUGCUCUGGUGGUAAACAUGUGUUAUUACGGCUAGCUAACAUGCACAGCUAACAUUAGCAUUCAGCCACUUUCAUUUUUAGAUUAUUUUUAGCUAGCUAACAAUUUAAGUUCAGCACAAGUGAAUGUAGGUGUUAUUGUUAAAAAAGUGACUGGAUGAGCUAGUUUUUUUUAGCCUGUUACUAUGACAACCACGUAAUCAUUCAGCUGAAAGUCACUGAUUUACAUGGAUGCUUUUUAAACCAUAACACCGGUAAUCUUAUGGUGUGUUCGAGUUACCUUGGAAGUCGGAAGUCCGAGCUGAAAAUGACGUCACACCCCAGUUUCCAGCGUUUCAGUUACCAAGUCGGAAAAAAGCAAAAUUGGAGGUGGACACAAGAUGGCGACAUCUACGAAAGUUAUUUUAGCACUGGCCUUGUCUGAAUAUAAGGCAAGCACUAAAAUAACUUUCCUCGAUGUAGCCAUCUUGUUUCCACUUCAGAUUUUGCUUUUUUCUGACUUGGUAACUUAAACGCUGGGAAUUCAGGUGUGACAUCAUUUACUAGGGUACCAGCAAGUUCAAGAUUUUUGAGUGUAAACGUUAACGAGAAAAUUACUGAAUGUUAUCUGCGUUCUGAUGUUAGCUAACAGCGGUCAAAAGUUUUUUUUUCAUUUUUUUAUUUAAAGCUCCUGUGAGGAACUUUCAUUUCGUGCUAGUUUUGGCGCCCCCUUGUGGACAAAGCAGGUUGUAGCUUAUGGGUAGCUAACAUGCACAGCUAACAUUAGCAUUCAGACACUUUCAUGUUUUGAUUAUUUUUAGCUAGCUAACAGUUGAAGUACCGCAGUGUGAAUGUAAAGUGAUCCCGUAAGCUAGUUUUUUUAGCCUGUUAUACUGACAACCACAUCAUCUUUUACCGUAAAGUCACUAAUUUACAUGGAUGCUUUUAAAACCGUAACACCGGUAAUCUUACCCUCAUUUUUAUAAGUGUUAAUUCAGCAGCAGAUAAGAAAUAUUAUGAUACUAACGAGAAAGUGGCUGAAUGUUAUCUGCUAACAACAGUCAAAUGUGUUUUUUUAAUUUAAAGCUCCUGUGGGGAACUUUCAGUUUGUUUUGAUUUUGGCGCCACCAUGUGGACAAAGCAGGUUACGCUUAUCUUGUCCCUCACACACUGAAAUUGCAUCUCAUACUUCAGACUUUAAUUGCCAAAUGUGUCAUUUUUAAAAAUUAUAAAAACAGGACUGUGUCUUCAGCCGCCACCUACCCCCUCUCGUACGAGAUUCAGGCGUUAAAAAUCACGGUACGAUAAUCCUCGAUCGUGUCGCUGACGUUCUUGUUUGCUUUUGGGUAUCAUGAAGAACAUCAGUAUGAAUUUUAGUCUAUUUAUUAGACGUCAAAAAACUCCUCACAGGAGCUUUAAAGCAGUCAGAUUAUGACUUUAAACCUUGAACACAACAAUAAAACAUGAUACGAAAAUACUUGUUUACCACUCUGUGCGCGGCGUGAUGAAUAAAGUUUAGAUGAAGCUUUAGCCAGCAUUAACCCACCUCAGCUGAUCCAGGGUUGAACAAAGUGUGGUCAAAUUAAAACCCCCAAAUUUAAAGGGUAUUUUCAAGACGGUGCAGCCCUGUUUAUACGCUCAUUUUAAUAGGAAACGAGCUGUUCCUCUGAAGUGAAUAAAGUGAAAGUGACAUGUUUGGUUCCGGAGCAGCCACGAAUGUUCUUUUGUCUUCAAUAGAUUUUAAGAGAUCAUUCUGCACGGCUGCGCUCAUUUAAAGGAGGUGCCGUUUGUUCAGCCACACCGCUCUCUGCAGGAGUCUCCGGAGAUUAGACCGACAUGCAGUGCGGUUUUUAAAGCACCAUCAAGCACCGACUUGUUACUGUCAGCCGGGUACAUUUACAGUCCUGAGCUUUAUUUCCCCCGCUUCCUUCGUCUUUGUUGUAUCUGUUCCUCUUAAAUUACAGCUGGGAUGGCGUGGAGGGCUUUCAGGGUCACGGUCAGGAAACGCUCCCUGAACCUCUCGCCGCAUUUUCCCAACUAAUUGGAUCAAUCCCCGCUUUGAUUGAUCAACUUCUCCUCCGGCGCGCUUGUGUAUUAACCUCAGAUCUUGUACCCUCUCACCCUCCUCUAGAGAAGGCAGCGGCGAAGCCUCAGGAGCAGGAGGAGGAGAUCGACAUCGACCUGGAGGCGCCGGAGACGGAGAAGGCAGCGCUCGCCAUCCAGAACCAGUUCAGACGUUUCCAGAAGAAGAAGAAGUAG